UUCUUCAGAUUCAAAAACCUUUUCUUUGUCUGAUUCACAACCUUCUACCCCAAUUCCUCUUUUUAAUGUUGUCCCACCCACCACACUUACUCCACCCACUCUUUCGUCCUUUCCCCAUUUUAGUACUCUACCCACUCCAAGCCUUCCACCGACUUAGCAUGCCUCACCGUCUUCCUUAUUUUCUCAUCCCGUGUUCACAGUUUCAAAUAUUAAAACUUUUGUUCUAGAAACCUUAACCCAUGACAAUUAUAUUAUUUGGAAAGAGUUAAUGAUUCCUGUCUUCAAAAGCAAGGGGGUAUAUGGCCAUAUUGAUGGUACAGAUCUUUGUCCUCCACCUUCCCAUCCUAAUUAUGACGCCUGGGUACAGAUUGAUUAUCAAAUUUUAUCCUGGAUUCAUGCCACUAUUUCCACAGAUAUAUUGCAGAUGAUUAUCCAACCGGGUAAAACUCUUUCUGCCAAGGAAGCUUGGGAUGCCAUUCAUACUUCUUAUCAAAAUCAAUUGGCUGCCAGAAAAAUGCUCUUGCAGGACUUGAUGCUGAAUAUAGUGUUGCUACGAGAACUAUUCCGCACAGAUCUCUUUUUCCUUCAUUUGUGGAGCUUCAAUCUUUACUGCUUAUUGAAGAAUCAACAUUGCAAAGAGAAAAAUCUACCAGUGCUUUCCCUUUUGUUAACUCCAGUGCACAACAGGUGUUGUAGACCUCGGUUCACUCAUCUGGUAUGGGUUCUUCAAUUCCUGAGGCAUAUUAUUCUGGUACUCAGUCAUGACCUAAUUUCUUUGGCAUCAACCGAGGCCGUGGAAGCUUCUAUUGAGGUGGCCGUGGUAACAAGCGAGGUGGUUGAGGCGGUCGUAGUUCUCGUGGCUCCUUCUCAAAUUUUGAUCAUGGGUUCUAUUCUGGAGCACCCACUAAUCCAGGGCGUCGCUCCCCAUCUUUUCUCAAUACUGCUGGGAAUCCUUCCUCAUCGCAGCACUCAUCUUAUGGCCAUCAUUCAUCCCAUUUCCGUGGCAGCUCGUGACUGCACUCUGCUAAUUGGCACAAAUAUUGCCUCAUUGUCUUCUGCUCCGACAGCGCUCAGAGCCACAACAUUCCCUACCGCUCCGGAUAGCAAAUGGUAUAUUGACUCUGGUGCUAAUACCCAUGUCUCUAGUGCCCUUGGUAAUCUCUCCCACUCCUCUCCUUACUCCGGUUCAGAGUUUAUUCAGGUUGGCAAUGGUCAAUUACUUCCUGUCACUCAUUCUGGUAAUACCGUGUUGUCAUCAUCUAGUCAUUCCUUUAAACUUAAUAAUGUGCUUGUCUCUCCGUAUCUUCAUAAGAAUUUAAUUUCUGUUCGUCAGUUUACUAAAGACAACAAUUGUAGUGUGGAAUUUGACUCUUCUGGUUCUUCUGUUAAGGAUAUCCACUCGAAGAACGUCCUACUUCAUUGCAAUAGUGCAGAGGGACUUUAUUUCGUGUCUAGCUCAUCUCAAAGUCAUCCUACGAUCCUUAGUACUAUAGUUGUGUCUCCUGAUGUCUAGCAUCUUCGUCUUGGUCACCCAAGUUCAGACUCUGUUACUCAAUUGGUUCGUCGUGGUUUAAUUGUCCAACAAUAAAGUUCCUAAUUUAAU